GGAGAUAGGUUUAGUUUUGCAGCUCUGUGUGGUUUAGACUCUCACGUGUAUGCUACACACUUCAUUCGGGCGGACGUGAUUUCACUUCAUUUCAAAUGUGAAUGCGCAAACUUUCACACGUCUCACAUUACAGAGGAAACACAAGAUGCCGCCACGAAAGGGUAAAGUAAAGGAGGAACAGCCAGUGGUUACUUUAGGACCACAAGCUAAAGAAGGCGAAAAUAUAUUUGGUGUCGCACAUAUUUUCGCGUCGUUCAAUGAUACUUUUGUUCAUGUCACUGAUAUAUCUGGUCGAGAAACAAUUGUGCGUGUAACUGGUGGUAUGAAGGUGAAAGCGGACCGUGAUGAAGCAUCACCUUAUGCUGCCAUGCUCGCUGCUCAGGAUGUUGCUGAACGUUGUAAAGCACUAUCAAUUAACGCUUUGCACAUCAAGUUGCGUGCAACAGGUGGGACAAAAACAAAAACUCCAGGACCGGGCGCGCAGUCAGCGCUUCGUGCAUUAGCUCGUUCUGGUAUCAAAAUUGGGCGAAUUGAAGAUGUAACGCCUAUUCCAACGGAUUGUACCAGACGAAAGGGUGGUCGUCGUGGUCGCCGUUUGUGAACUGUCGAAGUUUUACAGUUUGUAUGCAAAUCAGUGUAGCCCUAUAUAAUCGAUUGUUACUACGGCUGAUAAAGUUUAUGGACAGUAGUGUUUUUUUUUUAUUCACAAUAAAAGUGGAACAAAUUUGGUUGGAGAGGUCGAUCAUUUUGUGGUUAAAUACAGUUAUUUCUUCAUGAACGACAAAAGAGUGUUUCAUGUGAACCUUAACUAGAGGAAAUGGGAAGAGGAUUCAAAAAUAGAUUGUUGACAUAUGAGGAAGAACCCUGUAUUGUUUUCAUUGCGAUAAAGAACCAGAGUUGUGCAAAUAUUUUUUACGAGAGCAUGAUCAGGAUCAUCCAAUUGUAAUGCAGUACUCCUGUUGACAACACUGAGUCAUAAAAUAUGGUACAAUAUCCACUAAAUUUGUAGUAAAAGCUAAUAAAACAAAUGGUUUUAGUCCG